AUGGAGAAGUGGAAAACGUAUUCAAAAGCAUCAUCUUCAUGGGAAAAUCAUACUAUUUAUUACGAUGAAUUGAGCGUCGAAGAAGCGAAAAAAUUAUCGACUCCAGAGGAAUGUGCGCGGCCUUGCAAACCAGGGAAAAAACCAAAGACCUGCCACUUUCAGUGGACUGUAGAAUAUUAUCAUACUUUUGGCGGUGCUUGUAAACUAUGUAAGCCGACUACAAAUACAUCAGUUUCAAGUGACUGUCAGUGUAUUUUGGUUGAUGGAAUGGAUUUGUCGGGAAUAAUUACCGUAAAUAGAAUGUACCCAGGACCAGCAAUUCAAAUUUGUUUGGGUGAUUUUGUAGUUGUCGAUGUAACCAACAAGGUAGCCGGAAACGCACUGGGUAUUCAUUGGCAUGGUAUUUAUCAAAGAGACUGGCAACAUUAUGAUGGAGUGCCUUUCCUCACUCAGUGUCCGAUAAAUGAGGGUUCAACAUUUAGAUACCAGUGGCGAGCACAGAAUCCUGGUACCCAUUUUUGGCAUGCUCAUUCAGGUCUUCACAAAGCCGAAGGACUUCAUGGAGCGAUUGUCAUUCGUCAGCCAAAAUCAAAGGAACCGAACAAAAAACUCUAUGAUUAUGAUGGAUUGGAUAAUGUCAUGUUUAUUUCUGAUUGGAUGCACAAAAAUAUUCCGUCUUAUUUUCCGGGUACUACUUUCCGAAAUCUUGGACAGGACCCUGAUAAUAUUCUCGUUAAUGGCAAAGGACAAUACACGGAUUCACUGGGAAAUGAAACAUCAACUCCAUUAGCUGUUUAUAAUGUUAAGCCUGGUAUGCGUUAUCGUAUUCGUUUGAUAAACGGAGGCAGUUUCAACUGUCCUGUCCAAAUGACAAUUCAAGAUCACAAUCUCACAAUAAUUGCAGUCGACGGAGAAGAUAUUGUACCACGUAUUGUUACAACAAUAACGACAUUUUCAGCUGAGCGCGUCGAUUUCAUUAUCAAUGCUUCUCAAUCAGGAAAUCGGAGUUAUUGGAUACAUUUUCGCGGUUUCGGUGUCUGUGCUCAUAAAAAAGUUCAGCAGCAUGCGAUUUUACGUUACAUUGGUUCAGAAUUAGAUUCACCACAAACUCCAAAACCAUCAUAUGAUUCACCCCUUCCCUCUGGAAUCAUUUUUAAUGAAGUAAAUGAAGUUUGUCACGGCAAUCGUACUGAUGUUGUUUGCAUAAAAAAUCUAGAAUCCAUUGAUAGUAUUCAUCCACGGAUUCUCCGUAAAGAAUCAGACAUGCAGUUAUAUUUGCCGUUUACUUUUCAUCUCUAUGAUGACAAUCAUCUUUUCGAACCAAAUACAUAUAAACGUUUUAUUGUUCCUAGUGGUGAUGAGAGUUUUGGUGCAACGAUGGCUGGUAUUUCACAUAUCAAUCCCCCGUCACCUUUUAUCAGUCAACUCAGCGACAUUCCUGACGGAUAUAUUUGCAACAAAACAAAUUUACCUGCCCGAUGUUUAAAUAGUCCAAUUUGUCAUUGUUCACAUGUCAUAAACAUUCCGCUUAAUGCUGUCGUGGAUCUUAUGCUUGUGGAUGUAUCUGGUCCUACUGGGAUAUCUCACCCGUUCCAUUUACACGGGUUCGGUUUUCAUGUACUAGCCCAGGGAUUAUUGUCGAAAGUAAAUCUUACUGAAAGUAACAUUAAACAAGGAAUUGAACUUGACAGAAAAGAAUAUCUGUCUUCUCACAAUAGACCGCCAACCAAAGACACGUUAGCUGUUCCGUCGGAAGGUUAUACGAUUGCCCGAUUCAUCGCUGAUAACCCAGGCUGGUGGCUCUUUCAUUGUCAUUUUCUUCCACACUUGUACAAUGGUAUGGCUUUAGUUUUCCGAGUUGGUGAUCAAAAAGAUUUACCACCUACUCCUGAAGGUUUUCCAAAAUGUGGAAAUUUCGUGCCGUCUAUUCAUAAAUCAAAUCCGAAAGCUCGCGGGAAAAUGUAA